AUGGCGUCCGCCGCCGGUAUAGACCAGCUGCUCGCCAGGCUCGAUGGCCUGACUCUCCCAGCCAUCGUCGACAAGUUCCCUACCACCCAUCCCGACGUCAAUCCCUACGACCUAUACCGCGUCCACCUCAGCCGAGUCCUCGCUCCCAUCACCGGCGUUGACGCCGACAAGAUACACCCCGCCGUCCACUGGACAAACGCCCUCGACAAGGGCGACUUCACACUGCCCGUCCCAGCCCUGCGCAUAAAGGGCGCAAAGCCUGAUGCGCUCAGCGCCGAAUGGGCCGCCAAGUUCCCCGAAGAUGACCCCCUCUUCGAGAAGCCGGUCGCCGCCGGGCCGUUCCUGUCCUUCUUCGUCCGAGGCGCGCCCUUGACCCAGUUGCUCAUCCCCAUGAUUAGAGAACUCGGCGCCGAGUACGGCCGCAACCGCUUCCUCGGCUUGAAGGACCCCAAGGACCCCAACUCGGGCAAGAAACGCAUCGUCGUCGAGUUUAGCUCCCCCAACAUCGCCAAGCCCUUCCACGCCGGUCACCUCCGCUCCACCAUCAUCGGUAGCUUCCUCGCAAAUCUAUACGAGGGCGCCGGCUGGGAUGUUGUCAGGAUCAACUACCUGGGCGACUGGGGAAAACAGUACGGCCUCCUAGCCCUAGCGUUCGAGAAGUAUGGCGACGAGGAGGCCCUCAAGGAGGAUCCGAUCGAUCACCUUUUCCGCCUCUACGUCCGCAUAAACGCCGACAAGGAUGCCGAGAAGGAAGCCAUCGAAGCCAAGAAGAAAGAGGGACAGAAUGUCGAAGAGCUUGAGGCCAACAGCCUCGACGAGCAGGCUCGGCGGUACUUCCGCAAGAUGACGGACCGUGACGAGGCCACGCUGGCGCUGUGGGAGCGGUUCAGGGACCUCAGCAUCGUCCGCUACAGGGCCACGUACGCACGGCUGAAUAUCAAGUUCGACGAGUACAGCGGUGAGAGCCAGGUCACGGAGGAAGCGAUGGACAAGGUGGCCAAGGAGAUGGCCGAAAAGGGCAUCACGCGCGAAGACCAGGGCGCCGUGAUCAUCGACUUCACCGAGCUGAUCCCCGGCAAGGAGGGCAAACGCCUGGAGAAAGCCAUCAUCCGAAAGAAGGACGGCACGGCACUAUACCUCACCCGAGACAUUGCCGAGCUUCUGGGCCGGUACGAGAAGUACAAGUUCGACCACAUGAUUUAUGUCGUCGCAAGCCAACAGGACCUGCAUCUCCAACGGCUCUUCAAGAUCAUCGAACUCCUCGGCUACAAGGACGUGGCGAGCCGAUGUCAGCACAUUAACUUCGGCUUGGUGCUGGGCAUGAGCACCCGGAAGGGCACCGUCAAGUUCCUAGACGACAUCCUAAGGGAUUGCGCCGACCACAUGCACGAUGUCAUGCGGGGAAACGAAACCAAGUAUUCCCAGGUGGAAGACCCCGAGGGAACCGCCGACACGCUCGGGAUUAGUAGUGUCAUGACCCAGGAUAUGAGCGGGAAGAGGGGUAACAAUUACACCUUCGACCUCGCGGUCAUGACAUCGUUCGAAGGCGACACCGGGCCCUACCUGCAAUACGCGCACACGCGACUCUCGUCCAUCAAGCGGCGCGCGGAUAUCUCGGACGAGGAACUAGCCAAGGCCGACCUGUCGCUGCUGACAGAGCCCCACGCCGUCAACGUGGUCCGGCUCCUGGCGCAGUGGCCGGACGUGGCCCAGAACACGCUCCGCACGCUGGAGCCGACGACGGUGGUGACAUACCUCUUCCGGCUGACCCACGUGAUCAGCAGCAGCUACGACCACCUCCAGGUCGUCGGCAGCGAGCCCGCGCUCAAGGCGGCCCGCAUGGCGCUGUACGAUGCCUCCCGGAUAGUGGUCGGGAACUGCAUGCGGCUGCUAGGGCUGAGCCCUCUCGAGAGGAUGUGA